ACCCAUAUGACGCUUGACAAGUGUGAUUUUUCCGCCGAAGUCGAAGUGAAAAAGAGUGCGUGUAAAUGCUCGUUAUUUUUAGCAAAAAUUGACUGAAAAAAAGCAUGGAUAAUUGUAAAAAUAACCGUGAUGCUGUGCACUCAACAAAUGCAAAAGGGGGCGACGAAGGAGACGCCUGGGGCGUACACGAAAACAACACGAAAAAUGUGUCAGCUUGGAUGCCCGUGGAGCGGUAUGCAUCUGAGUAUAAUAUGAAGCACAAGAAAAGGGGAAAUGCGAUAAUUUUCAACCACGAGACCUUCACCAAUCACACCCUCAAGGCUAGAGCUGGAACAAAUGUCGAUGCUGAGAAUCUCAGCAAUUGCCUCAAGAAGCUCCACUUCAGUGUGGAAAUCUGCAAGGAUUUUAUGUUCAAGGAGAUCCAUGCAAAAAUUGAAAAGUUAGCUAAAACUGACCACAGUGAUUCCGAUUGCAUUUUGGUGGCAAUUCUAUCCCAUGGGGAAUUCGGCAGCAUAUACGCCCGGGAUAUACCCUACAACCUGGAUUCUAUUUGGUCAUUCUUCACGGCUGAUCGUUGCCCUACUCUCGCUGGUAAGCCCAAACUCUUCUUCAUUCAAGCCUGCCAGGGUGAUCGCCUCGAUGGCGGCGUGACAAUGCUUCAGCGCACAGAAACUGAUUCUGGCAGCAUGUCCAGCAUGUCCUACCGCAUCCCCACGCAUGCUGACUUCCUCAUAGCCUACUCAACCAUUCCGGGUUUCUAUUCGUGGCGCAACACAACCAAGGGUUCUUGGUUCAUUCAGUCCCUGUGCACAGAACUCUCAGCCCAUGGCACCAAGUAUGAUCUACUCACCCUCCUCACCUUUGUCUGCCAGCGCGUGGCACUCGAUUUUGAGUCCAAUACACCAGACUGUGAGACGAUGCAUCAGCAGAAACAAAUACCCUGCGUCACCACAAUGCUCACUAGACUCCUGCGUUUCCAGGACAAAUGAAUCUCUUUUUAUUUUUUAAAUCUCAAAAAGGACAAGCGAUGGAUUACCUUCCCAAUCGCAUGCUUAAAUCAAUUUUAUCUAAAUAAAAUAAAUUUUGAUACAAAAA